CUUCCUCCUGUCGGCGCGCUCAUUUCUGCUGAUGUCUGGAUAACGUCAAGAGCUCGCUUAUGCUUCCUUUAAUGUAGCAGCUCCCCCCCCCUCCCUCCCCUUUUUCAAUUGCAGCGUUAAAAACACACACACACACACACACACACACACACACACACACACGCCAUCCUUCCCGCAGUGUGGGAGCUCCAAGCUGCUGUCUCAACACAACCAUGUGAUUGUUGGCCGCUUUUCCGCUCUUUUUUUUUUUGCUUUGUUUUUUGGGGGCUGGGACGGGGUGAAGUGCUCCUCAUGGAUGCUCGGAGCAGAUCUCCGGAGAGGCGAGCAGCAGCAGCACCACGUCACCCCGAGAGGCAGCGGUGUUGGAGAGCAGCAAUGGUCAAGUCAGCGAGAACCGCAGUGGAGCCGCACUGAGGCAAAUCCAGCCAAGCAGCCCCUGGUGUCCCGGGGGUGAGGGGGGGUUCCCAGCACUUUAAGGGGCGCAGGAAGCUGAGGACGUCCGAACCGUUCCCCCCAAAACUCACAUUAUUCCGCAUCCCCGCCGCAAGAUGACGGUGGUAUCAGGAGACAACGUGGACGAGACCUCGGCCGUGCCCGGCCACCCCCAGGACGCCUACCCGCCCCCGGACCACAACGACCACGAGUGCUGCGAGAGGGUGGUCAUCAACAUCGCCGGCCUCAGGUUUGAAACCCAGCUGAAAACUCUAUCGCAGUUUCCCGAGACGCUGCUGGGCAACCCCAAAAAGCGCAUGCGCUACUUCGACCCCCUGCGGAACGAGUACUUCUUCGACCGGAACAGGCCCAGCUUCGACGCCAUCCUCUACUACUACCAGUCCGGGGGUCGGCUGCGGAGACCCGUUAACGUCCCCUUGGAUAUGUUCUCGGAGGAGAUCAAGUUCUACGAGCUGGGGGUGGACGCCAUGGAGAGGUUCAGAGAAGACGAGGGGUUCAUUCGGGAGGAGGAGCGCCCCCUGCCGGAGAAGGAGUUCCAGCGUCAGAUCUGGCUACUCUUUGAGCACCCGGAGAGCUCGGGUACCGCCAGGGGGAUCGCCAUCGUGUCGGUGAUGGUCAUCUUGAUUUCCAUUGUCAUAUUUUGUUUGGAGACUCUACCGCAACUGAAGGAGGACCCAAGGGGUCACUUGGAGACUGUGGGCAACAUCACCAUUUACUAUAAACCCAACAUUCUCACUGACCCCUUCUUCAUCAUCGAGACUCUCUGCAUCAUCUGGUUCUCCUUUGAGUUGAUUGUGCGCUUCCUGGCAUGUCCCAGCAAGCCGGCCUUCUUCAAGAACAUGAUGAACACCAUUGACAUUGUGGCCAUCAUCCCCUACUUCAUCACGCUGGGCACCGAGCUGGCCGAAGACCCCGACACAGAGGGGGUCGGGGAGCAGGCAACGUCUCUGGCUAUUCUCAGGGUGAUCCGUCUGGUCAGGGUGUUUCGGAUCUUCAAGCUGUCCCGACACUCCAAAGGACUGCAGAUCUUGGGGCAGACCCUCAAGGCCAGUAUGCGGGAGCUGGGACUGCUCAUCUUCUUCCUAUUCAUCGGGGUCAUCUUGUUCUCCAGCGCCGUCUACUUCGCAGAGGCCGAGGAGCAGGAUUCGCAAUUCGGGAGCAUCCCGGACGCCUUCUGGUGGGCGGUGGUGUCCAUGACCACCGUGGGCUACGGGGACAUGGUGCCGGUCACCAUCGGGGGUAAGAUUGUGGGGUCUCUGUGCGCCAUCGCCGGUGUGUUAACUAUUGCCCUCCCCGUGCCCGUCAUUGUGUCCAACUUCAACUACUUCUACCACCGGGAGACGGAGGGCGAGGAGCAGGCGCAGCUGCUCAACGUCAGCAACCCCAACAUCCCAUCUGACACCAACUCCAGCCGCCGAAGUUCGUCCGUGGUCAGCAAAUCAGAGUACAUGGAGAUCGACGGCGACCUUAACAACAGCAUCGACAACUUUAGGGAGGCCAACCUGAGAACUGGCAACUGCACUACUAUAGCCAACCAGAACUGUGUGAACAAGAGCAAGCUUCUCACAGACGUUUAGCUAGCGAGAC